AUGGCUCCUUCUCUAUCGCACUUACCAACGGCUCCAGCUCCCAAGAGCCCGCUGGCCCGCUAUCGCCUCCUAUCUCCUUCGGCAGGACUUCGCGUAAGCCCGAUUUGCCUUGGGGGCAUGAACUUUGGCAAUGCCUGGAAGGAGCACAUGGGCACUUGUGACCAGAACACGGUUGACGGCAUUCUCGACUUCUUUCAUGACCAGGGCGGCAACUUCAUCGACACUUCAAACAACUAUCAGAAUGAGGAGUCUGAGACCUGGAUUGGAGAGUGGAUGAAGAAGCGUAGCGUGCGUGACCAGAUGGUUAUUGCUACCAAGUUCACCACUAACUUUCGCGCUGGUCACACUAAUGAGAUUAUGAUCAACAACCAAGGGAAUGGGUCGAAGAGCUUACAUGUGUCUGUGCGGGCCUCCUUACAGAAGCUCCAGACAAACUACAUCGACCUGCUCUACGUGCACUGGUGGGACUUCAGUACCUCGAUUCCUGAGCUCAUGCAGUCACUGAACCACUUGGUCCAGACUGGGAAGGUUCUGUAUCUGGGUGUGAGUGACACGCCAGCUUGGAUUGUCAGCAAAGCCAACGAGUAUGCACGCAACCACGGCCUCCGACAGUUCAGCGUCUACCAGGGCCGCUGGUCAGCGGCUUCCCGCGACUUCGAGCGUGAGAUAAUCCCCAUGGCCAAGGCCGAAGGCAUGGCUUUAGCUCCGUGGGGAGCCCUGGGAGGUGGCAAGUUCAAGACGGAGGAGGAGCGUCGAAAUUCUCGAGCGGGACGCUCAAGUUCCAGCGCCAGCGAUUCCGACGUGAAGAUCAGCAGAGCUCUGGAGACUGUCGCGUAUCGCCACAAGACGAUCAUUACGAGUGUUGCUCUAGCCUACGUCAUGCACAAAGCGCCCUACGUAUUUCCGAUCGUCGGAGGACGGAAUCCCGACCACCUGAAGGGCAACAUUGAGGCACUGACGUUGAGACUCUCGGCGGAUGAUAUCAAGGAGAUCGAGUCUGCGGUACCCUUUGAGUACGGAUUCCCCCAUAGCUUCCUCUACGGUAAUGAGGCACCUGAGGACGCUGGCAAGGUCUGGUUGCUGAACAUGGGCGGCGCAACCGAUUACGUCCCUGAACCGAAGCCCAUCAUGCCACGAAAGAACGGAGAAUAG